AUGCCUUUGCCCGUGAUCCGCCGUCCUCACCCUCGCUCGCGGUUCGGUUGUUUUGUCUGCCGAGCACGGCACAAGAAAUGCGAUGAGCGGCAUCCUCUAUGUUCUGCCUGCGACCGAAAUCAACUGGUCUGUUCGUGGCCAGCAGCCGCGUCGAAGAUUUCGAGUGGAGCUGAGCUGCCUCCUCUUCCGAAAGCAUUGCGUGGACAGGGUCCUGCGUCUGACCUCCUUCGCUAUUACAUCGACUGUACUGCUCCUCGACUUGCGGGGAAAGUCGAUCCAGAAAAUCCGUUUGUAACCUACAAUCUCCCUAUCGCCUGGUCCAAUGACCUUUUGCUGCAUGUUAUUCUUGCCACAAGCGCGUCACACUUAGCAUAUAUUUCUAGGAUAUUACGCGACUACGUGAAAAAGUUGAACAAGGUAUUGGCAACACCGCCGGAUGACACUUCUGGCAAGCUUAAUUUGCUAAGUACCAUCCUCGCUUUAUGCUUCUUUGAGGUACGCGGACCACGGGUAGUGCAACGUCACUGGGAGUUGACAUCGGUACAGGUGGUCAGCUGUAAUCGUCAGGGCGCUUUAUUUCAUCAUCUUCGUGCAUCACGGGUUAUAAUUGCAGAGCUCCAGACCAAGCAGAUUCAACUGGACCAGGCGCUUUUUGGGUUUUGCUUGGAGCAAUACUGCUAUCUAGCAAUCGUGUCUAACAUCACCCACGGCGCCAACAGCUGCAAUGGAGAAAGAAAUACCGAAUUUUUGGAGAUACCCCUGAGACAUUUAAAUUUUGGAUCUAAGAUUUAUGGAUGUAUGUUUGGCUGCUCCCACCAACUCUUCGAAGUCAUCCCUCGAAUCGCAUGCCUGGCAAAGUGUCACUCGUUUUCAAACCAUCGAGCCAAUGAAUCACGCACGAAGGAUUUUGAAAUACUUGAGCGGCGAAUAGAGAAUUGGCAACCAACACUCGGAUUACAGCAGUCAUGGUUGAACAGUCCCCAGAGGAUAGAAGAGUUGCAAAUAGCUGGAAAUGCCUAUCAACAGGCCUGUCUUAUCUUCCUCCAUACGUCCUUCCACGGACCCCAUCCCCCGGAUACACAUUUGUUUGCUAGAGUGGAUGUUUGUACAGAAAAGUUCUUGAAUUAUUUUGGGCAGUUAUCUACCGAAUCUCCUGCUUGGACGACGAUGAUGUGGCCGAUGAUUAUUGUCGGCUCUUGCCUACGAACUGCCCGUCAACGCCGCAUAUUUACUGAUAUUGUGAACAAGUCCACCUUCCAGAUGCGUAUCGUUGAUAGCACGCUUCGAUUCAUCCAGUGGGUUUGGGAAGCCUAUGAUUAUGACCAGUCAACUUAUGGGCCCUACAGUAUUGAACGUAUUAUAAGAACUAAAAAAUUCAACAUUUGUGUUGCCUAA